GGAUGCUCUGACAUACAAAACAUAAGCUACUUUUUGUUGCUAGCCAGCCGGUAGCAACAGCUAGCUAGCUAUUUUUUUUUUUAAUUUGCGAGCAGGCAGGAUGGAAAGCAGCGAUGGAAUGGAGGUGGACGGCUGGGACUCCAAUCUGGAGGAGGAGCUGGGCAUUUCUCUGGACGAGCUGAAGAAGUGGAUUGAAGAAACUGUGGAGAAGAGCGAGAUCGUGCAGAAGAAAAAGGCUCAGCUGACGGAACUCAAAGAAUGGGUGGAGCAGAAAGAGGAAGAGGAGGCCAAGACAGAGAUGCUUCUCAAAGAUGCCAACCAGUCGGUGUUGGAGUGUGAGAAACUGGUGAAGGAAACAUACCAGAAGAACGGCCUGGUGUACCGUGAGAGCAGCUCAGAGGACGAGGGAGGUGGAGGAGGCCUGUUGUCCUCCGAGGUCAUCGAGAUAGACGAUGACGACGAUGAUGAUGUCAUCGCAGUCGGCUGCUUGGUUCCUCCUAAGAAGACGCUCACUCCGAGCAAAGAUCCAUCGGUGAGAACAGUAAAAGACACCUCUGCAGCUCUACAGAAAACAGUGCAGCAGGUGAAGAAGUUGACCCAAAUAGUCAACAAGCCUGGUGUUCCAUUGCUUCGAUCUCCAAUGCAGUCUACACCCCUGACAAGUAUACAUAGUUCAGCUCCAGCAGUGUUUGUGUCCCAGCUUUCGUCUCAUUCCAUGACCCAGCCGAACCCAAACAUCAAAGAGGACGAGCUCAGAGUCGGGAUGAUCAUUCUGGGAAAGAAGCGCACCAAGACCUGGCACAGAGGCACCCUUGUUGCCAUCAACCCUGUCGGAAACGGUGUUUUCAAGUAUAAAGUGAAGUUUGAUAAAGGAAAGAGUCUGCUGUCAGGAAAUCACGUGGCAUUCGACUACAACCCCAUCCUGGAGAGCCUGUUCGUCGGGGCUCGUGUCGUCGCCAAGUACAAGGACGGCAACCUGGUGUGGCUCUAUGCUGGCAUAGUGGCAGAGAUGCCCAACACCAAGAACAAGAUGAGAUUUCUGAUCUUCUUUGAUGAUGGCUACGCUUCAUAUGUUAAUCUUCCUGACCUUUUCCCUGUUUGCCGACCAUUGAAGCGUACCUGGGAGGACAUUGAGGAUGCAUCAUGUCGAGACUUCAUUGAGGAGUACAUCACUGCAUAUCCCAGCAGGCCUAUGGUGCUCCUAAAGGUUGGACAGAUCAUCAAGACAGAGUGGGAGGGAACGUGGUGGAAGAGCAAAGUGGAGGAGGUGGAUGGAAGCUUGGUCAAGAUCCUCUUUUUGGAUGAUAAGAGGAGCGAGUGGAUCUACAGAGGCUCCACCAGGUUGGAGCCAAUGUUCAACCUGAAGAUGACCUCUGCCAACACGCAGGAGAAGAAGCUGGCAGGACAGCAGAGGUCACGACCUAACAUGGGGGCGUUAAGGAGUAAGGGUCCAGUGGUUCAGUACACCAGCGACGGACAUGUCGGAGCCUCUCCUGUGAAAUCACCACAGCCCUCACCCAGCCAGCCUUCACCGACACCACAACCUCCACCCCGGCCUCAGCCCCAGCAGCCCCAGCAGCCCCAGCAGCCACAGAUCCAACACACCCCUCAACCUCCACAGCCCCUGCAGCCCCUGCAGCCCCUGCAGCCCCCACAGCCCCCACAGCUCCUACAGCCCCUACAGCCCCCACAGCCCACACAGCCCCCACAGCCCACACAACCUCCCCGUGUUGACAACAAGCAUCAGAUGGCAAAGAAGAGCACUUCUCCGUUUGUCCCAGGAGUUGGAGGCACUCAUGCCUCCAAAGUCAUGCAGUCUCUUUCCUCCAGUCCCAGCAACUUCACUGGAGUGAGAAUACUGAAUACUCAAAAUACUACUACACUAACUUUUGCACAACCGUAUCAGAGACAGUUGCCCACUCUGGCUGGAGCCCCUCCUCCUGUCACCCACGCUGUGGCGACCAUCCCACAUCAACCUGCGUACCGCGCCCCCACAGACCGCAUCUUCUACCUGACGCACACUUGCCAGCCUGCGUGUCUGAACAGAGUCCGCCCUGUGAAACCGGACCUGCACCGCGGAAAGAACCCGCUCCUCACACCUUUACUGUACGAUUUCAGACGCAUGACAGGGCGACGCAAAGUCAACCGCAAGAUGUCCUUCCAUGUGAUCUACAAGGCCCCUUGUGGUCUUUGUCUUCGGAACAUGUUAGAGAUCCAGCAGUACCUCUUCCAGACCCGCUGUGACUUUAUAUUCCUGGAGAUGUUCUGUCUCGACCCCUACGUGCUGGUGGACCGGCCCUUCCAGCCUCAGAGGCCAUUCUACUACAUCCCCGACAUCACAGGCGGAAAGGAAGAUAUCCCCCUCUCCUGCGUCAAUGAGAUCGAUACCACCCCGCCUCCUAAUGUAGCUUACAGUAAAGAGCGCAUUCCUGAAGACGGAGUUUAUAUCAACACCAGUGCGGACUUCCUGGUCGGCUGUGAAUGUACUGACGGCUGUCGAGACAAAUCCAAAUGCUCGUGCCACCAGCUGACCCUGCAGGCCACAGGCUGUACACCAGGGGCCCAGAUCAACACAAGCGCUGGAUUUUUACACAAACGAUUAGAGGAGUGUCUCCCCACAGGGAUCUAUGAGUGUAAUAAGAGGUGUAAAUGCUGUGCUGAGAUGUGUACUAAUCGACUGGUGCAGCACGGCCUGCAGGUGCGUCUCCAGCUCUUUAAGACCCAGAACAAGGGCUGGGGCAUCCGAUGUCUGGACGACGUGGCCAAGGGCUCUUUCGUCUGUAUUUAUGCUGGUAAAAUUUUAACGGACGACUUUGCCGACAAAGAAGGCCUAGAGAUGGGUGACGAGUAUUUUGCUAAUCUAGACCACAUUGAGAGUGUGGAGAAUUUCAAGGAGGGCUACGAGAGCGAGGCUCACUGCUCAGACAGCGAGGGGAGCGGUGUGGAUGUAUCCAGAAUCAAAAUACAACCAUCUGCUUUAGUAUCUAAUAACCCUGUGGGCCGACCGUCCAAAAAAACUCAAAGCCCAAGCUCAUCGGGGGACAGUAACGAUGACGACGACAAGGAUUCAAAGAGCGAGGAUGAAAGUGACAGUUCAGAUGACACGUUUGUGAAGGAAAGCUACUUCAGCUCCAGCUCUGUGUGGAGGAGCUACACCACACGGGGGCAGGUCAAAGGCAACAAGGAAGGGAGUCAAGACAGUAAAGAUGGAUUGAGUGCUUCAGUCAAAGGGCCUGAUGAUGAUAAACCUCCGCCCAUGCCAGAGGAGAUGGGGAAAAGUAAAGUGGCUUCAUGGCUUACCAGUCAGGGGAUGAAGAAGGAAUCUGGAGACAGCAAAAGUCAAGUGAAGUCAGAAACAGGAAAGAAGCAGGAUGUGAUGACACUCUCUGACAGUGACGAUGUUCAGACCAUCAGCUCUGGAUCUGACGACAACAAAGAGAAGGAGAAAGUCACCCCUGGCGUGACUAAGAAGCAGGUAGCAGUGAAAUCUACCCGAGGCAUCGCCCUAAAGGGCAGCCACGGGAUGAUGGUGAAAACGGGUCCACCUGGAGGUGGUGGAGGGCAGGGCGGUCAGGGAGGGAAAAAAGGACAGCAGGGACAGACAGGAGGAGGAACUGAAAAUGCUCACAGGAACACCCGUCUGUUCUUUGACGGUGAAGAGUCCUGCUACAUCAUCGAUGCCAAGCUGGAAGGAAAUCUCGGCCGUUACCUCAAUCACAGUUGUAGUCCUAACCUUUUUGUCCAGAAUGUGUUCGUGGACACACAUGACCUGCGCUUUCCCUGGGUGGCGUUCUUUGCCAGCAAGCGGAUCCGAGCCGGCACAGAGCUGACCUGGGACUACAACUACGAGGUGGGCAGUGUGGAGGGGAAGGUGCUGCUCUGCUGCUGUGGAUCAACCGAGUGCAGAGGAAGACUGCUGUGAUCUUCAUCCGUCAUGGACUUCACUCCCUCUUCUGCAUCUUUAAGCCCUUCAACACUGUUUUUUUAAAGUUCAACGACCGUUGUCAUUUUUAUUAUAUUUCAGCUGUUUUUUUUGCCUUUAUUUUAUAUGAACAUAUUUUUCCUGAUUGUCUCAUUUUAUCCAUGACCAGUUUCUGAAUAAAAGUUUUUUUUUCUUGAUGGAACCAAA